CGCCAAAGUUUGUUUGGUCAAGUUGUUUUUAAAUGAAAAAUAAGUUUUAAUCUGUUUUAAAAGCUCUUAAAAGACAACUGACAACAUGUCCGGCACAUUGGAUGUAAGGGUCUGCAAGCUUGGUGAGAAGAACCAGAUGGAGGAGCUCCGUGAGCUAAUAAGGAAAACCAGCAUCAAGGAAUUAACAACCACUCUGAAAGCCAAGCUGUCGAGGAGCGACUGCAUCAACUUUUGGAACUAUUUAUUGCUGGCCUGCGAUGCGAACAAUGUGGAGACGCGCGAAAAGCGUUUUGCCUGUGUGCGAUGUUUCUUGGACGGACUUCGCACCGUUGAGAUGAGCUAUAAACUAAGCGUGGACUUAAUUACCCGUCUGCAUCAGGAUUUGUCCACCUACUCGUCGGACGAGUUGAACUGGAUCCUGGAGCAUUGCUUGGAUGACAUGCGUGCUGGAGAUGCCAAGUGUGUGGCCUGGAAGGAUCUACUGCCGGAAACGCUGCUUGUACUAAUUGCCAAGCCGCGUCUUGUCAUCAACGGCAUUGCCAUGGCUGGCAACGAGCUCAGAGAUAGCACUGUACGGAAUCUUUGUACCAUGCGUUGGCCUUCUACAAUCCUGACGCCCAUUGCCGAUAUGUUCAUCAUGUUGAAGUUGAGUUAUGCCGAGCGAGUGACGGUGCUAAAUAAGUUUGCCGGCGCUCUACAGGAACUGUCGCCCAUGGAGUUGCCUGCUCUGUGCUACCAGCUCUUCUCCAUGUGCAACAGUGCUGCACAACUCAUCAUUCCAUUGCUGGCACUGGAGAAGUACUUCCAUAGAAACUACUACAAACGUUUGUUCUUGGACAUGUGCAGCAAUUCCACAGAUUUUGACAGCAUUGAUGCUUAUUCGGACAAGGAGCUUCGAGAGGCGGAGGAGACAGUUCUGCAUCAUUUAAACUACUGCACCAUGUAUCUGCUAAGCGAACAGCAUGUGGCAAUAAUGCUUAGGAACUUCCUUCACAUGCCCGAUGUUAUACUGACACCGUUUAUGCUCAGCGCAAUUAUUUCAAUGACAGCCGUGAAUCGCGAUCCGGAGUCUGCACGCUCCUCUAGCUGCAUUUUGCUUCCCUUUCUUCGCAACGUAAUCAAACACAACGAGGACGAACGAACCUUGGCGGACUACUCGGUGUGGUGUCGCGAUACACUACAACGUCAGCCUGUGGAUCUGCUUCAGGUUUUUACGGUGCUCAUCGAUCAGAACAAGGAUGGCAAGGAUGUGAUAACUCCGGGAUUAGUCAACUUGGCCUUUACACUGCUUAAAACACACAAUUCACCUAAACUCAAUACGCUGGCGAUUACGUUUCUCACAAAUUUUAUUCGCAGGAGAUUCAUGUUUGGACAGGGUAUUAUUAAGCGUGUUGCCGAAUGGAUGGUCGUGGAUCAGGAGCAGAAUCAGUUCUCCGAAUGUCUUACUAUGUUGAGCGUGGCGGAUACAUACACAGUUUCAGAGUGCCUGGAAACUAUCACAACGGUGAUGGAAGACUUUCUGUGGCUACCUGGCGAGCAAUCCAUGCGCAUGAUGAACUUUAUUUUGCCACUGCUCAAGCUUUCGAAUCGAGUGCGCGAUGCUUUGAUCGAUGUGCUCCGUAAAGCAAUGACAAAAGACUUUCGCACAAGGCGCAUGGCCAUCUUUGGCUUCUGUAUGAUCCUCAAGCAGUUGAACAAUAGCAAUUCAGUGCGUCAAUCGCAGAAUGCAAGCAGCUUCUGCACACAGCACAACAUCUCUGGAUACUCGAUGAUGACACAAAGCUCCUUGGGUAAUCGCAGCAAUCCACAACGCAACUUCGAUAUGCUCACAUUGGAAAUUAUUGGAAUCUUGCGCAGCUGUUUCGACCAACAGCUGGACAUACGUCGUACACUCUACGAGAAUCUUCAACGUGCAGUUGAAUUGAAUGCCAAACUAGUGCCCCAUGUGUUACAGUUUGUGGACUUUCAUUUGCGUAGCUUUUUUGAUACACCGCCGGCUGACGAAGUGGGUGACGAUUUGGAUACACGUUUUUCCGUUAACUAUGAGCUGCUGCUUGGCUCCAAAGAUGAGCAAGUGGAGCUGAAGGACAAUCUGGGCUGCCUGGUGCAGUUUGUAUCCCAUUGCCUCACAAUUUUUGAACGUGCUCCUUCAGGCUGCGAUGUACGUGAGAUGCAGCGACUGCUGACGCUCUGUACCCAAAGAUUGGUGGCCAACAGAUUACACCUGGAGGAUACUUCUCCACCAGUUACACAUCUUAAGUGUGCACGCAUUCAGCAGGAGCUGAACCUAAUUGAGGGUCUAAUCUCACAUUCGCUACUCUGUUCUAAACCCAACAACGAUGUCAUAAAACAGAUUCUACCACUCUUCAAACAGCAUCAGAAGUUGCUUAAAGGUCUUCAGAGCCUGGCAGACUCUUCGAAGAAAACCCAGAAGCACUCCAAGCAGUCAACGACCAAUGACAGCACUGUGGUUGUCAAUGUCAGCGUGACCACAGCCAAGCUGAAGCAAAUGUGCACACAGCCAGAGAACAUUUGGGAUCUUACUAUACUGGAAAAGCUGCUACAUUUGCUACAUGACGACCUUGUGCCAUUUGCAUCCGCCGAGAACACAACGCAGCUGCGAAGCUUUGAACCGCUGGUUCGUUAUGUGCUAGAGAUUACUGCCCAAAAGGUGCAUGCUAUACGCGAAGAGCCGGACUAUAAGCAGCUGUCCUACAGCAAGCGAACCUUGAAACUGGUCACAGAUAUAACCAAGGUAAUCUAUGAGCGAUGCAUUCUUCGUCUGCCUGAUCUGUGGCGAGACUUUGAUCUGGAGAGUGCGUCUCUGGCAGCCAAAUGUUUUAUGGAAUGUGUUCGAACGGCCCAUGAAACAUAUGCAAAGCGGUUCAAAGAGUUUGUCAAGGGAUUUGAUAUGGCCACGAUAAAUAGAAGCAAGGAAGGGACAUAUGUGUUACAGGGUGUGCUUGACCAGUACAUGAAGGAGGAUGCCAGCAAUAGUGACUCUGCGGAGGCACUUAGUAACGAUAAACAGGGCGCCAAACUACCUGUUUACCUUCUAGAGGCACUGGAGAUUCUGUAUGACCACAUUGGGUAUGGGGAGCGGGCAGCAAUCGAUUCGUACACUUGGCUACUAGAAUUUUGUCAAACCUGGGAGCUGCGUAACCCAGCAAUGGGUGUGUUGCAUCGUAUGCUAUUCGCACAACGUCAAAAGACACACUCGGGCCCAUUCUUCGAUGCAAUAGCCAGGCAGUUGGGCCAAGUGCUGGGCACGCAGAAUGAUGAAGAUGUGAAUCAACAAUCGAAUUUUGGCCUUAAAACUCUGGACAUUAACACAACGGGAAGUUGCCUGCAGUAUAUGUACGCUGUCGUGCAGAAGCAGCUGGAGGAUGUGGAUUACUUUAUCAUCAAGGCCAACAAUUUAAAAUACAAAUGCAACAUUGUUCCAGAGUCUGAUCGGGUCUACUAUCGUGGUAAUCUAGAGACAUUGGAAGGUUCCAUUUGCACUCAGCUGAUACUGAUAACGCGCACACUCUUGGAGCUUACAAACGUAUGCAUUCCCCUGGGUAGCCACAUGGAUGGACUAAUGAAGCUACUAAUACAACUGUAUACGUGUCUCAAGAAUCUGGCUAGACACUAUUUGGUCGGCUACACAGCAGAUGCCAGCAAUGGCAAGAGCAUCAAGUUUGAACAGCUGCUCAAGAACGUGGGCAAACCAUUGUCAGCCAACAUAUAUCAGCUGAUUUCAUAUGUGGAAUAUAACAUUUUGGAUGAUCAGUCAAAGGAGCCGGCAACGAAGCGCAAGCCUCAGGCGGAGCGUGCCAAGGUGCUUCGAGAGACGCGUCUUAUUCCCAAGGUUAUACUGGCCAUUGAGAACUUCAACAAGCACAUUAUACUACUCUCUAAGAAGGCAAAAACAAAUGAUCGUUUGGCAAACUAUCUGCACUUUGGAGCCGUGCGCGACUUUAAUAUUAAAUCAGGUGACCUCAAAGCCGUCAUCGAACGCACCUAUUCGCACAGCAGUCAGAUUGAGGUGUCUGACAGCAAUAUAGAAGCAGUGGAGGAUGAGGAAGAGGGGGAGCAGCAGCAAGAGCCACAGAAGCCCGACAGCGACGAUGAGCAGGCCAGCAGCAUUGCAGAGCCCAAUGACGAUGAUGAGGAGGAAGAGCGGCAACCGUCCAAGAAGCAACAGGAAACCACUCGCAAACCCCAGCGACGACGACGCGCUCCCAGCAACGAGGCAGAGGAGUCUCAGCCCAAGCGUAGGCGUGGACGACCAAGCAAGAAAUAAGAGCGGCUUCUGUGCUCAAUCAUGGUGUGGAUGGUGGAUGGUGUAUGGUAGAUGGUAGAUGAGUGUGGGCAUAUUUAAGGGGAAUAGCAACGCGUGUACCUGCAUCAUCAACAUCGUCGUCAUUCGCUGGCAAAUCCAUUUAAGUUUUUAACUUGUGUUUUUAUGUACUUUUGCGCAAAUUUGAUGCCCGCACGCAAUAGAGCAACUGCCUCCCACCUCGCCAUCAUCCGCAUCUCACAUGGCGAGUGGCCGACCCAUCAUUUUAUUGCACUUGAAAACUUAAUUAGGCCAAAAUGCGGUGUGAACGCCUAUUUUUUGCUCUGUAUCAAGCUGUGCGAGAUUUUUAUUACAUGCAUCAAAUGUAAUUUGUUACCAAAUUUGAUGUGUUUCUAUCUUCUUCAAAACGGCAUAAAUAAAAGAAAACUUCCACGACGGGGUUGGGGAAGUUGUUGGGGGGUUGGAACUGGUGUUCCUGAUGGCCUGCCAA